GUUGACCUUAUCCUGCAGACCAGCACGUUGCCCCGCCCCCCUUCGUCGACCUCCUCCGCUCGCCAUUUUCACCAAUCUACCACGCCAUUUCUUUAAUUGCCUCCCUCACCCGUUUCUGCUUCGCGUCUUCCUGCCUCAUCCAGCCAGCCAGCCAGCCUUUAAUGCCACACCUGCAACAUCCACCACCUUCCUUCCUCCCUUUUACUCACCUCUCCCUCUCUCUCUCUCUCUCGGGUUCCCCCUUCGCCAUUGGUGCCACAGGCUGGAUUCUUCUCAAGCUUUGCUACGCGCGGUUCUUUGCUUGAGGAAUGAGUGCUUGGAGCUUCUGCUGCACAAAGAGGGAUAAGAAUUCGCCUACAGUUGCUGAUGCCUAGCAGCGCUCUACUCUGAUGCGGUACAGCUCCAAAUUUUAGCACACUGCCGCCAUGGUUUCCACUGGUCUGAGUUUAGAGAUGACGAAGAAGGUUCUUGGCCUGGCAUUGUGGGUCUGGAUUGCAAUCGGUGUGGUCGCUCUCCUAGUCGCCAUUUUGCUGAUGAUAUGUAUCUGGGCGGCGUCCCGUCGCAAGACAAAGAGAACCAUGGAGAACUUGAGCCAGACACAGAUCCCCAUCUACUCCAAGGAGAUCCCGGUAGACAGGGUGGGCGGUGGCCGCAGCCUUGCGCAGACGAUGCAUGAACGUGAGCAGCCUAGCUUCCCAACGCAGGACAAGCACGCCGUGAGUCGGGAGCCGGGGAAAACGGUGGGGCAUAUGGCAUUGAGCAAGUCCUCGGAUCAUGAUAACGUGAGCCAGGGAAGCUCAGUGUGCAAUGUGGACCGGGUUGGCAGUGUGCAUUCUGGUGAAGAUGGCGGCUCGGGGCACGGCAGGAAACCGUAUUCUCCUGCGGCAUUUGUGUCCGCGUCGCCCCUCGUUGGCCUUCCUGAGUUCUCUCAUCUUGGUUGGGGUCACUGGUUCACUCUGCGCGACCUUGAAUUCGCCACCAAUCGCUUCUCAAAGGAGAAUGUGCUUGGAGAGGGUGGUUACGGAGUUGUGUAUCGUGGUCGUCUGGUGAAUGGAACCGAGGUUGCCAUAAAGAAGAUUUUUAACAACAUGGGGCAGGCGGAGAAGGAAUUCAGGGUGGAGGUUGAGGCUAUUGGACAUGUACGACAUAAGAACCUGGUCCGUCUGCUGGGAUACUGUGUUGAGGGAGUGAAUAGGAUGUUGGUUUAUGAGUUUGUGAACAAUGGUAACUUGGAGCAGUGGCUUCAUGGAGCUAUGCGCCAGCAUGGUGUUUUUACCUGGGAUAAUCGCAUGAAGGUUGUUAUAGGCACUGCAAAAGCACUUGCGUACCUUCAUGAAGCUAUAGAACCAAAAGUUGUACACCGUGAUAUAAAGUCAAGCAACAUCUUGAUUGAUGAUGAAUUCAACGGCAAAGUCUCUGACUUUGGUUUGGCCAAGAUGUUAGGGUCAGAUAAAAGCCACAUUACCACCAGAGUGAUGGGAACAUUUGGAUACGUUGCACCCGAGUAUGCUAAUACUGGGAUGUUGAAUGAAAAGAGCGAUGUUUAUAGUUUUGGCGUUCUCUUGUUGGAAACUGUGACAGGAAGAGACCCUGUUGACUAUAGCCGCUCUUCCAAUGAGCCCGCCCACUGGCUGUAUUCUUGGACAUCCUAAAGUGGUCAGGCUGCCACUGCAUGAGAUCACUGGAGCAGCACAGACCACCGAGUUUCUUCCUCUUCAUGGAUGCCGGGAAGUAAGGAGAGGGACAGCAGUAUGCGUGGUGCCAACAAAGGCAGACAAUGUGCUAGAGUGACUCCGGAAGCAGCACAGGUCUGGUUGCACAACAGGAGGCCAUGGACAGGUUGCCCCACCCUUCCGCUAGCGCCAUGACGGCCUAGCAUGGAGUACAAGCUGGUGCGCUAUCUGUAGAUCCGUCUUCAAGAUGGUGACUGAAACACCGCUUCACAUCCGUGGUGAAAACUUUUGUUCUGAUGUUUAUUGGUCGGGCUCAGCAACGACGUACUUGCGUCAUUUUCUUGUUGAAGGCGUUGUCUUCUUGUUGAUGUGUUCACUGGUUGGUCUCGGCAUCCUGGAUGAAGAUCCUUGUCCUGCCCAUCCCUGAACGGACGUGGUGACGAUGGCGCAAGGGCGUUUAUCUCUUCUUGAAGACGUUGCUCCGGAACAAGUCUGACUUAGUCGUUGGUGUUAAUUUCAUAUAUUUGUAAUGGUGAAGCCCUAGUUGUCCAUGUUUUGUACUCUUCUCUUUGAUGUAUUUGGUCUUCUUACCUUGCAUCAACUUUAAUAAAAAUGGCGGUGUGCAUCACAAUGAUGCAGAGGCCAGAGUUUUCAA